CAGACUGCGGGCGGACCCCUACCCCGUAACCAUGGCAACGCAAAUCUGCGCGCGCACCAGUCUAUCAACGAAAACAAAUCAAAUAUUAUUUACGAAUUCGUCGGAAGAUGUUUUAAAAGCGUUUAUUUAUAAAACAUAUUUUUAUUCACUUGAGUAUUGUUCGAUUUUAGUUUUUAGGUAGCCGAAAUGGCUCCAAAGAAGCAGAAAGACGCUGCGUCCAAGUCCCGCGGUAAUUUAAUUGAAGAUGAAGCUCUGGAGUGGCUUAAGCCGAGAGCUCUCAUUAAGCCUGAUGAUCAAGAAGAUGUACCGGAGGCUGAUCUAGAUGAAGAAGUCGGGCGAGUUUUAACAACAAUAAAUCCUAAUUGGGUAGCUGACGAAGUGGCUUAUCAUUACGGGCUAGGAAGAUUUGUCGCCAAGCCAAAGCCGACCUUCGGUAAAGCGUACCCCCUAUAUAUUUAUCAGGGGACGGCUAUUAGGAAAGAUUCAGAAGAAGCUAAAGCACAAAUUGCUGCAGGAUAUGGUAUGGUUGGCUUUGAUGAUGCUGGACCAAAACGGGCCAAGGUAAAAAAGUCUGCCGCUGAAGAGGAGGAGGAAGAAGAACCCGAACCAGAACCACAGCCACCUGAGGAGGCUAAAGCUGAAGAGGACGCAGUAGCAGAUGAAGAGAAACCUAGUGAAGCUGUAGAAGGUCCACACGAACCAGAACCUGUAGCUGAUGAUUUAGAGGCUACGGCAGGAGAUGUUGGAGAGGAGCCGGAAGGAGAUGAAAAAGAUGAAUCGAAAGACACAGGAGAAGAAGUACUUGAAAUCAAGCCUCGUGUGAAGAAAUUGGCAAAUCAGUUCAAUUUCUGUGAACGAGCAGCUCUUACUUACAACUUCCCCAGAAGGAGUGUGGACACUCAAACUAUACCACCACCGAGAGCCAAUUACGGCAGUACUGCGCUACAGUGUAUUAUAUUCGAUUACUAUCAAGAGGACUACGCCAGAAAACAGCGUGAGAAAGAGGAGGACAAACCGAAAAGGCUUCGCAAGAAGACAGCUAAACACGUGAAAUCCGCUCAACAAAUUCAUGAUGAACAACUAGCGCAACGCAUACGUGAAGCUUGGACGAUACUGGAGAGACUUGUCAAUCAGAACAUCUAUGACGAUAUUGCUCAAGAUUAUCGAUAUUGGGAUGAUCCUUCGGACGAAUUUCGUGAAGGCAUGGGCUCGUUACUGCCGCUGUGGAGGUUCCAAUUCGAGCCCAUGCGCAGUCACGCUGUUUGUGAUGUCCAAUGGAACCCGCACUAUCAGGACCUGUUUGCGGUCGCUUACGGAUCUUUGGAUUUUACGAGCCAACAAAAAACGGGAUGUCUCUGUCUAUACAGCAUCAAGAAUCCAGCGUACCCUGAAUACGCGGUCGUAACUGAUUCUCCGGUUAUUUGCCUUGAUGUCUAUAAAGAAACUCCGUAUCUUAUCUGCGUCGGACUUUACGAUGGAAACGUUUGCGUCUACAAUGCUCAGUUAACCCUCGAGUCAUCUUACCAAUACAAAUCGGAUUCUGUACGAGAUAAGCACAGCAACAUCGUCUGGGAGGUGCGUUGGGGAGCACGUUUGAUUGAUGGUGAAUCGACAUUUUUCUCGAUCUCCGGCGACGGACGCGUCGUCCAAUGGGCGGUGAUGCCGGGCGAGCUCCAAGCGACCACUAUCAUCACGCUCACGUCCAACGUGCCUCCCAUACCGGGACCUGACGGCACCAUGAUCAACGUUAACAGCUGCGGUAGCUGCAUAUGUUUUCACCCAGAGAAGCCGGAUAUCUUCAUGGUGGGUACCGAAGACGGCAUGAUCCACACUUGCUCCCUCAAAUACAACCGGAACUAUGUGCGAUCGGUUCAAGGACACCACAUGCCGGUCUACAGGAUCAACUAUAACUACUUUAAUAACAGUAUCUAUGCGUCAUGCUCGGGUGACUGGAGGGUCAAAAUUUGGGAAGACGGAAGAGAGGAGCCGUUGUUUAUGUUUGAACUGGGCGCGGCGGUGGGCGACGUAAAAUGGGCACCGUAUUCAAGCACUGUGUUUGCCGCUUGCACGGCUGAUGGAAAGGUUUACGUGUACGAUUUGAACGUGAACAAGUACAGGCCUAUAUGCGUCCAAGCUGUUGUCUCCAAAAAGACUAAGAAGUUGACAAGAAUCGAUUUCAACACGCGUUUGCCUGUGAUCGUAUGUGGCGACACAAAAGGAACAUGUCACGUUUUAAAGUUAUCACCAAAUUUGAGGGUAAUGUGCAAGCCACCGAAAAAAGCUCAAGGAGUCGACCAAAGGACCUUACAGAUUAUGAAAUUGGAUAAGUUACUCAGUUUGGUUCGUGAUCCGCCUUAUCAAACGGGAGUUGUUGACGAAAAGUUUGACGACGACUAAAACACUUCCUUGUAGUUUUUAUCGUAUUGAUUAAAUAAAUAAAAUACAAAAUAA